AUAUUCUUUGUUCUGUAUUUAACUGCGUUACAGAUAUCAAACUUGAUUUAUAUGUAUCGGUUAAAUUAUUGCAAUUGUCGAUCAUUUGUUUUAUUCGAAAGCGUGGUCUAUCAGUUAACUCGAACUAGAUAGGUCAAACGCCAAAGUGAAUUGGAUAUUGAAUUUACUUGACUAAUUUUUGGUAGCGGAAAAAUUCCAGCAUGGCGUCAAGUUCUGAAUAACUGUACAUAAUAUUUUGUACAUAACAUUACUUUGUAAAGUAUGAGUGGAUCAGUUGGCACCAUGCGUGCUGGCUCAAACAGACAUAGCGGAACAAAAGAAAAAAUACAGAAAAGCGACAGAACUCCACAUCAGCCACAACAGACUACUGGCAAAACUGAUAUUCAGUCAAACAAAAUGCAGCCAACUCAAGAUCAGAUUUUAAUUGCGCAGAUUAUGGGCAAUAAUCAGACAAAGGCUGAUCCUAAGACUGAAAAAUUAGUAAAGGAGCUAAUGGAGAUGACAGGCAAAAGUGAAGAUGUUGUUGUGAUAGCCCUUCACGAUUCAGGAAAUGAUGCAGAGCGAGCUGCUAACAUGCUUCUUGAAGGAGAUGAACAGCAAGGUGAAUGGCGAGAGCAAGGUGGCAAGCGCAAGAAAAAAGUUCCUACCACACAGAAAGAAAAUGUGAACCAUGUUAAUGAAGACAGCUUUGAAAGCCGCAACAAAGACAAGGGGGAGAAAGAGGAAAAGGACCAAGACGGUGCUUUAGAGCGCUAUGAUGCCCCGCCUCGCAAGGGAAGACGAAAUGGUGGUCCACCUCCAAGGCUAGCCAGAGGUUGGGGAAGAGACAGGGGUAAUUUUGGUGACAGAGAAAAUAGAGACAACAGAGAACGCAAUACCACAGAAGAUUGGGAUAAUGACAGAGGUGAUGAAAGGCGAGAACGAAGUGGAAGUGAUAGAGGAAGAUCUAGAGGGCGAGGUUUUGGUGGGAAAAGAUCUGGGGGCGGUGGCCGUGGUCGGUUCAACAACAGUGGUGAUAGAGACACAAGAAAUUUUACACGAGUUCCAAGGUUUGAAAAGAUAAAUAAUUCUCAGCCAAUGGAAGGGCCUGAAAUCGACACAUGGACCAAUGAAACUGCAGAAAACAACACAAGUAAAGACACUGAUUGGGACAAUUGGAAUGAUACUUGGGUAACAGAAGAAGAUCAGUGGACUGGAACUCUUGAAGAGACCAAAGUCUUCACGCCAUCCCAAAUGAAAAUUCCUGACCCUGAUCCUGUGAUAACAGAACCACCAAGCUCUCUCGGACAAAGGCUUGAUGUUGGAAGCCUUUUUAUUGAGUCAGCCAAGUUUUCAAAAGCACCUGACUACAGUAAACCAAGUGGGGAUGCUUAUAUUACCCAGUUUAAUCAGGCUGCUACAGAGUCUAUCAAGAACACUAUUGGGAUUGGAAGCUCUACUCGACCCCCACAAUCUACACCAAAUUCCCUUGGCUUAUCAUCUCUAACACAGAGCUCUUCCCAUGUGCAGGGUGGAGUAUUAUCUAAUUUAAACCAGCCAGGUCAACAAUCCUCGUUGUCUCAAUCAAUUACACAGCUGUCGCAGAUUACCCAGUCAUCUCAAGUGAUGUCUCAGAUUAGCAUGGGUUCCCAGCAGUCUAAUAGGGACCAGUCUCAGACUGCCCAAUCUAGAAUCACAUCUGUUAUGCAGCAGCAACAGAACAUGAGUAUUCCAAGUAUGAAUAAUAAUUUACAGCAGAGGCCUAAACCUCAAAGAUCAAAACUUCCUCCACCAUCAAAGAUCCCUGCUUCUGCAGUAGAAAUGCCAGGUCAUAUCCCAAGGAAUCCACAGCUAGAUCUUCAGUUUGGUAUAGAUUUUAGCUCAGACUCUGGUACUUCUUUUGGAUUUGGUUCUGGUAGUGAUGAGGUUGAACCAGCUAGUACAUACACAAACAACUCUAAUGGCACAUCUGUGAUAUCAAACCACCUUGGUCAAGGUCAUGUCAGCACUGAAGGAAAUGCUAUGGUGACAGGCAUCAAAUCUUCUCCUUCUUCUGGAUCUAAUAAAGUGCUUUCUUCAAUGGAGCCUCAGCAGUCUAAUAGGCAAUCAGCUGUAUUUCAUAAUUCAGUGUAUACAGCAUCACCGCCAAAGAACGAGAAUCAAAAUUUAGACAGAGAGUCAAAUAAGAUCACUGGAUCUGAUAUUCCAUUUUCUUCAACUCAGCUAGAGCGUUCCUUACCACAAGCAAAGAGUGAAGGAUCUUCUAACUAUCCUACUGCCAAUGGUUAUGCUUCUACAUACCAAAAUCACCAAAAAGCUUCAAGCAUAUCCCAAACUCAGUCCUACACUCACACCACAAACUCACAACCUCCACAAGGCUCUUCCUUCCCAUCACAGUAUUCUGCUAGUCAGACCUCUUACCAAUCAUCAGGACAGAAUCAGUUUUCAGCUCCACCCAGUGCCACCCAAUUUCCCCCAUCUGGACAACCUCCCCAGUUUAAUAAUGCUCAGAGUCAAUACUCUACUGGACAAAAUCAGUUUGCAUCAGCAGGAAAUACUGGCCACAUAACAGGUCCUCAUGCAAAUCAUCCAUCUCAGUAUUCAUCUGGGGCUCAAAACAGUUAUACAUCAAGUGGACAGUCGCAGUACUCGGGCUAUCAGAACAACAGUUCCUUUCCAUCUCAUACAACACAGCCAAACUAUCCCUCUACGAACCAAGCUAGUGGAGCCAAUGCAUCGUUGUAUCCAGUAGCUACUCAGUCAAGUGGAUCAUACACUUCACAAUCAAACUCUUAUCAGUCACCAUCUGCUGGAUCAUAUCAUGCAAGGGACAGUCAACAAAGUGUACCUGUAACAACUCAAACUACUGGUGUUAAUUUUCCUGCUUCAUCUCAGUCUUCUACAUUAAAGCCUGCAAACUCUCAAACAAAUACAAACUACAACUCUCAAAGCUUUGCUGCAGCUCCUGCACCAUUACAGCCAUCGCCUUUAGCUAAUAAGCUGGGGGAAAGUCUUUCCAAAAUGACUUUAAAGGAUACUACAACUCUGGAAGCACAUCAGUCAGCACAGUAUGAAAAUUCAAGUGCAUCAACGACUUCAGUUUCUACUACUUUGAGUAUGCCAUCAUCCACAAGCUCAGCUUCACUUUCCACUGGUACUACCACCAUUUCCUCAACAUCAACUGCUACAUCAAUUACACCUACAUCAAGGAUAACUUCCAUGCCAUCAACCAGUAAAGCUCCACCUAAUUUGCCACCUGGAGUUCCUUUACCAUAUAUUAUGGGACAAAGCACUAUGCCUCCAUUUUAUAGUGUUCAACCUCCUUUGUAUGGGUAUGAAACUGACAUGCUGCUUCAACAGAGAAUGCCUUUGCAAACAGGUAGCUACUACGAUCUUGGUGCCAUCCCUGCCCCUGCUGGAUCAACGCUUCCCACAGGACGAGAUCAACAGCCUACACUUACUUCAGUUCCUUUUGCAGGCUCAUCUGCGGAUUCUAAUAAGAUGACACGAGUAGAUGCGCAGAGUCCAAAUUCUACAAGCCAACCUCAGAAUGCCCAUUCAGCAGCUCAACAGCCAGUAAACUAUUUCCAUUAUGGAUAUUAUUAUCCAUCUGUAUUCCCUGGAGCUGCAGGUUUACAGUAUCCAGUUUUUCCAAUUCCUCCUGUGACCAAUGCGGCAGCACAUGCUGGUUCUACAGCAACCACUCAGUUUCAGAAAACAUAUUCACAUGUGUACACUACCAAAGGAUAUGAGGAGUUAAAUCAAGCUCAAGAUUUCUCAAAGACUGGCUAUGGCAGCUCUUCAAGCACUGGAAAUACUUCAGGAACACGUAUGUCUACCAGAACAAAAUCAUCAGAAAUUGCUCCUAAUGCGUACAACAAGACUCAUAGCCAGGCAUUUGACAAGCAGGCAUACCAUGGUGGUACCCCUCCACCUUUCAAUUUGCCUCUAGCUACAGCCACGCAGGCAGGACCUAUGGGAGCUCCCACAACACCUUAUGGGACCCCAUUUUUGCCCGUAAUGGCCCAUUCUCAGAUGAUGCACCAUCCUAUUCAACAGGAGUCCAACAAUACAACUUCACGAGGCCAUAACCAAGCUGGCAGCCAGUCUAAAACAGGUGGGUCAAAAAAUUAUGGAGCUCCACAGUACUGGAAUAAUUAAAUAUGCAUAGCUCUGGACUGGUGUGGUCAAGAGAAAGUGAGACAAGCUGCUGAAUGUUCCACCUGUGGGUUCCUGUACAAGAUCUGUACCCAACAAGAACAGCUUUUCCAUUCUUAUUAUACCUUAUGAAAUGUAAACGUGUACAACUCCUUGCUACUUUUUUAUAUUGUAAAAUGAUAUAGUAGUAAAUAAGUUAUAAAGGUAUAAUAAGAUUGGCACUAUUUUUCUUUUUUUUUUUUUAAAUUCAAAAUUAAUUUCAUAUUAUAAUUUUAUUUUGUAGUGUUUGUAUUACCAAACAUUUUUUAAUAAUUCUUCUUUGUGUUGUGUAUAUUUUAGCUGAGUUCCCUGUAAAUAUUGUUUGUUGUUAAUUUGUUGAUAAUGUCUGCCAAGGAUCAGAUCAUAACAUUUAUUCUGAUUAGCACAUUUUGAAAUUAAAUUAUGUGAUAGUUACAAUUAAAUAAUGUAAUUUAAGAACUGAUUAGGCCAAAAUAAUAUUGAUGUUUUAAUCAAACUAAUGACACUGUAGUACAUUCUUUGUGAAUGUAUGGUACAAAGAAAACAUGUUAGCUGCUGUGACAAGAUAAGUAUUGUACCUUAAAGGUAUUUUUAAUCUAAAUUUUGUCUCCUUGUAUCUUGUAGCCAUGUUGUACAUAGGCUUGUUUCAGCAAUUAUUUUGGUAAACAUGUAGUUGCUUGUUUUCAUUUAUAUUUGAUCCAUACAUGUGGUUUUGUUUUCAUCACACACAGAAAGCCAGUCUGAACAGACUUAUUUCAUGUAAAUAGUGUCUUGUACAGUUUUUGACACAGAUUUUUCUUCCCCUAAUUUGAUUCCAUAAGUAACAAAUUGAAAUCGAGCUGUUGCACUUAAUUUUUAAAUAAAACAGUCCUUGUUACUUUGGCAUUAUGUGAAAGUCUUAAAUGUGUUUAAGAUUUGUGUAAUAAAAUACUGGCUAUAUAUUGAAA